AUGGAUGUAGACUGUUCUUCACUAACACGUUUACUUGAAUACACAGACAGCGCUGAAGGAUGUGGGAAUUCCCCUGCUGACAGUGGUGUUGUUGGUCGACAAAAUCCAGUGUGUCAAGAUACAGAGCCAGCCGCUAUUGAGCGACGUGGCGAUUCCUCUGCUGACAGUGAUAGUGUGGGUCGACAGAAUGUGGUGUGUCAAGAUACACAGCAAGACUACAGAGAAACCCAUGAAAUAGCUACUUCGACGUCUUCACUGAAAAAGAGAUUCUAUUUAAAUUAUCAUGAAACUCUUGUUACAGUUCAGCUCAGUGAGUAUCUAAGCAAUAGCUUGGAUUUGUUCAUAUGUCAAAUGUAGUAAAAAAAAAAAUAAUGUGGUAUGAAUAUUUGAAUAGAUAAUUACUGGUGCAUCAUUUUUUGCUUCAUAUUAAAUAUAAUUACGAGACCACAUAAUGAAGUUAAAAUAUUAUUAUUUAUAGUUGGAUUCGGUUUUAUUAACAUCAGAAGACUAUUGUGUAAGAUUAUAGUUUAUCUACUAUCAACAAGGUACAGUAUUAAACAGCAGUAUAUCUAAUAUCAACGAUGUACUUUAGUGUACAGUGGCUUAUCUAAUAUCAACAAUGUACAGUAUUAUACAGCAGUAUAUUUAAUAUCAAUAAAAUUACAGUAAAGUACAGUAGUUAUCUAAUAUAAACAAUGUACAUUACGGAAGUGCAAAGUAGUUUAUCUAAUACCAUCAAUGUACAGUAGUGCACAGUAGUUUAUCUAAUACCAUCAAUAUACAGUAGUGCACAGUAGUUUAUCUAAUACCAUCAAUAUACAGUAGUGCACAGUAGUUUAUCUAAUACCAUCAAUGUACAGUGGUGCACAGUAGUUUAUCUAAUACCAUCAAUGUACAGUGGUGCACAGUUUUUUAUCUAAUACCAUCAUUGUACAGUGGUAAAGAGGUUUUGAAUUUUUCCACAGAUCCCGUGGUUGACAUAGAGGAAAUGUACGUCAUGAAACUGGACGUUACCGAUGCAAUCUGACUGCCGUUGUUAUACGGGACGUGGUGUCUACCCUGAUAAUCCAGGCUUUAAAUGGAGCCGAACAUCUACUUUAUCAAGUCAACCUGUAAUUCAUAUUUGUGUUGACGAGAUCAUAAGACAUUUUAUUUGUUUAUAACGUUGAAUAUGUUUAUGUCUUAUGUAUUAUGUCUAUUUUGUUAAGGGGAAAGCAAAUGUUUAUGUCUUCUAAUCGACACAUUUUUGACUAUUAUUUUUAAAUAAAAUGCAAUUCUAUGAAAAUGCAAUUCUAUGAAAAUGAAAUUCUAUGAAAAUGCAAUUCUAUGAAAAUGCAAUUCUAUGAAAAUGCAAUUCUAUGAGCUUAAUAUAAAAAGAAUAAUAAAUAAAAUAAAAAAAAUAAAAAAUAGUAUAUCUUUUUUUAUAAAGGAAAAGCAAUUUUAACAUGUUAGCGAGUUCUUAAAUAUCUAUUGAAGGAAUUUUUUUUUCAAUGUGAAGUGUGAGGUGGGUGGGUAUACGGUAGAUUGGUCUAUAAUUGGAAUAAGAUUUUUUUGUUCAAUCUUAAAGCCAAAAGCGCACGUAUUUUGUGAACACCUUAUCUUUCAAAUAUAAGUUAAUUGUAUAUAUAAGUUAAUUUAAAUAUAAGUUAAUUUAAAUAUAAGUUAAUUGUAUAUAUAAGUUAAUUUAAAUAUAAGUUAAUUGUAUAUAUAAGUUAAUUUAAAUAUAAGUUAAUUGUAUAUAUAAGUUAAUUUAAAUAUAAGUUAUUUGUAUAUAUAAACAAAUGCAAGUUGCCUUAAAGAUAUGACUUCUAUAACACCCCUUUUUACAAUUAUAUUUAAAAAAAAAAAAAAACAACUGGCAUGAGUUAUUAAUGUCAUGCCUUGUGCUGUAUUUCGAAGCCUGCGUAUAUAUCUUCCUAGUUAAUUUAAAUAUAAGUUAUUUGUAUAUAUAAACAAAUGCAAGUUGCCUUAAAGAUAUGACUUCUAUAACACCCCUUUUUACAAUUAUAUUUAAAAAAAAAAAAAAAACAACUGGCAUGAGUUAUUAAUGUCAUGCCUUGUGCUGUAUUUCGAAGCCUGCGUAUAUAUCUUCCUUACGGUAAAUUGAUCCGAUUUUGUGGACAAGAACAAACCAUAAUGACAUGGUAAAAUGUCUUUCAACGGUAGAUGCUAUUUACCACAAUUACCUACAAAUGUAACGUGGCUCAUUAAACGAUUGUUCAAAGUCGCGUAUGUCUCUGGCACAGUCUAAUCGACACAGUUAACUCUUUGACGUUGACAAGUUGACAAUAGUUUGGAACAGGAUUUUCUCUGAAGGCUUAUAACGAAUUUCAAUAAUAUUUUGUGAUUGUUUGGUGCUACAUUUUAACUGACUACUGUUGGUGCUACAUUUUAACUGACUACUGUUGUUGCUACAUUUAACUGACUACUGUUGGUGCUACAUUUUAACUACUUACUGGUAAGACAAUUUUGAAGCAAAAAUUAAGAUUUAAUGAGUUAUUUCAGCCCUUAUCUGAAUUCAUUUAUUUUUUUUUAAAAAUAUUUUUUACACAUUUUUGGAUAUAAUCUUUUGAAAAGUUACAAUUGAUGACGUUACAAUCCUUUUACACGACGUUACAUGACGUCAGGGACGUGUCCAAAUAGGUAAAGGACGCAAUUUGUUUCCAAUCCAAGUUAAGGGGAGAGACGCCCCUACAUGACGUUACUUGUUGUAAAAUGGCAAUGAAUGAUGUUACACGUUGUAUUAAAUGACGUUAUAUUACGUUCAAUAAACGAAGCUCAACUUUGCAGCAUUUAUGUUAAUUUGCCUCGUUUUGUUAAAUAACCAUUUUUUUUAGAAAAAAAAAAGUUACAUCUCUGUUAUAAAACUGGC